GCCGCCUACAGUUCCAGAGAAACUCCGUUGAUCAACUUCCGGUUCCUUGCGAUUCAACUGGCAUUUUCCCUUCCAUACCCAUAUUUACAAUGGCGACAGACGUGGCUUUUGAUACGAGCAUGGGCUCGUUCACCGUGGAGCUCUACAAUGAGCAUGCGCCCAAGACGUGCAAAAACUUCGCGACCCUUGCUCAGAGAGGCUACUACAACAACGUCGUCUUCCAUCGUAUCAUCCCCAACUUCAUGGUACAAACUGGCGAUCCUACCGGCACCGGUCGAGGAGGAAGCUCGAUCUACGGCGAGAAAUUCGAGGACGAGAUCCAUGCCGGCCUCAAGCAUACCGGCGCCGGCAUCUUGAGUAUGGCGAACAGCGGACCCAAUACCAACGGCAGUCAAUUCUUCGUCACCCUUGCGCCAACCCCGUGGCUGGAUGGAAAACAUACUAUUUUCGGUCGCGUGAAGAGCGGAAUGCGAGUGAUCCAGCGCAUGGGACUGGUCAAAACAAAUGGCGAGGACCGACCGGUAGACGAGGUCAAGAUCAUUCGCGCCAGAGUUGUGGAAGAGGGAGGAGAAGAGUGAGCUGGCCGCUGGGAUACGCCUCCAAUCUGGCCGGCCUUUAUUUCGAACUUCAACCAACCCAGCGGUCGUUCCUCGCCAGCAGGCAUAUUGUUCAAGAUCAUCAUACUGGUGCAGACAGAAGCUAGUCAUUGGUAUAAACCCCAAGGUGCCGCCGCUUCGCUGCACGCCGAGAGAUGACCGACGUCUUGACUAUUGGAAGUCACACAAUCGCCCAGCACCCUGCGAAGGAUACACAGCUCUGGUAGUGGUCGAGUAUACUGAUUUACAAACAUGUCAAUAUCACUUAGACAGAGCAUAGGCUCAGGAUUGACAAGAGAAUAAUUAUGGUAAUAUAAUGUAUCACUACAAAACGAACUGCUUCUAUCAGAUGUUUCCAAUCUAGAGCAGCAGAUACAGAGUGAUAGGUUCUCUCUACCACUCCCGUUGACGACAAGACCAGUGAAGGCUUGCACGAAAGAGACAAACUACCAUGGUGAGAUGGUAGCAUGCCCAUGCAGAGC